CCUAAUUCAAAUGGUGGCAAAAAGAGAAGAAAAGCUUGUAAAGACUGUACUUUUCAAUUCAGCGCUAAAGAGCUUACUGAAAUUGAUUUCACCGUGGAGGGUAAAACUGGUGGUUGUGGUUCAUGUUCAUUAGGUGAUGCUUUUAGAUGUUCAGGAUGUCCAUUUUUAGGGCUUCCGGCUUUCAAACCAGGUCAAGCUAUCACUUUGGAUAGUAUUGAUGAUGAU